CUACGCAUUACGGGUUCCUAGACUGGUAGCUCAUUUUGUUGAGUGCUUGUUGAAUAGUCCUUGGGUGUUAUAAAUCAUCUAGCGAGACAACAGUUGGAUCACGGACGACUGUUUUUCUCCGUGACUCAUUAAAUUCGGAUAUUUGCGGCCUGAAUCGACAUUAGAAAGUGAAAUUUAUUGUCUUCGCUAGGCUCCUCCUCUUACAAAACCGGAUACGUUGUACCGUAGUGGACGACACAUGACACUCCAGUGGUGUAUUCUAUUUGUAGUGUGUCAAACUUCCAUUCGGGUUUUUAACUUUGAGCUUGGUCAAAUCGUUUUCGUCGUAGAAGAUCUAGUCUGUCUAUAGGAGGUCGAUAAACCUUUCAUCAAGUGACCGGGAAUUAUUAUUAGUUACGUUGGUUCCUAUUCCUUCUUGAUAGAGUAUCAAAUAGACAGAGCGAAAGAUAUUAUGCUCUCUCAAAUUUUCUGUGGAAAGGACUAGGCUGUUUCAAAACCCAAGUUUACAAAGCCAGAACACUCAAAAUGGUUCAAAGUCAAAGAAUAUCAAACUUUGGUUUGGUUGUCCUGGCCCUUGUGUUGUUUAUGAUCAACAGUGCUGAACCAAAGCCAAGAAGCGGCCCUAAAAUACGAAGACUUGUCGAAAUCAAAACAGUUGAUGAAAACGGAGUCGUAAAGGAGCGUGUUGUAGCCGAGUACGAACCGACAGAGGGACACAAAACUUCGUCUGAAAGUGCUGGAGGUGAGAAGAGAUACCAAGAUGACGAUGAAGAUUCAAGGGAAUUGAGUUCGGGGGAUUCAGAGACGUAUAGUGAGUCAUACGAUAUGGUAGCAAACGAUGAUCCAAUGUCUCCUUCGAAUCAGUCGUCUUCAGAAUCUAGCGGAUUACUAUCCCGAAGCUCUAGUAGCAAUAGUACUACUACAAAACCGGUCGAUUCGAAAUCAUCGACAGUCCUACCAACUUCGGGUCGAAUUAAUGCUUCAACUCCGUCCCCGAGCACUGCUCGUGAUAUCAUCUCAAAGACAACAAACAUCGACACAACUACAGCAGUUCCUCRAACUACAAACCCGGCGACAACGACAGGAAUUAAAGYUACAGUUACUACAGGAAAAUCCCAAAAUGCUACAACACUGUCAACACUGUCUCCGAGCACGAAGGAGACAAGAAAUAACCUUACGACGCUUCCUCCCAAAGUUACAGAAAUCGAAGCGACUACUCUGGCUACAACUACUAUGGCUACAACUAGUGCUUCCACGACCACAGCUAGUGCUCCAAUGGUCAAUUCUAGUGCUCCAACGACCACAACUACUGUAACAACGACCACAUUGACGCCAAAACCGACCGAAACCUCGACUACCGCAAGUCCAAACUCUACUAACCAUGGUAAUAAUAAUACAAAUCAGACUGUAAUACCCAUCACCGAGGCUAGUGUUACAAAAGGUAGUCCUGGUGUUGAAGCUGUUGAAGGGCAAGAGGAUGACCCAGAGAAAAAAGCGAGCCGGAAAACUCUAUUUGGUUUUGUGACUGUGGAAAUAUUAAUUGCCUUAUUAGCUGGAGCGUUGUUUUCAGUGUUACUGGUAGCGUUUUUGGUAUAUCGAUUGAAGAAACGAAACGAAGGUAGCUACGAGUUGAGUGAAACUAUAGCGCUACGACCUAAAGAGAUAGACGAGAUGGGAAAAAWGAAAGAAGUUUUUGUCUAAAUUCUUUCCCAUCACAAAAGAAUUAAAAAAACUGUUUUGUCAACAAACAUACCGAGGUCGGAUCUACACUUAAUAUGCACGGCUGUUCUGUCGCUUGUGACAAUGGAAAAUACGAAGCGAAAAUGGUUUUUAAAAUGUUAUACGCUCGAUGAAGCAUCAUUGAAAACAUUGAGAGAAURAUUGGGCUAAACUUGAGUGAGAAAAUAUCUCGUGUUAAAGAMAAAUGAUUGGAGAUGUCGAACAGAGUUGAUGCCUGAAGCAAACCACUAUCAUUAURACAAAUUAAAAGUUUUGUUAAAGACAGUGGUGUUUUGGAGAAAACAAUCGGAACAAGUCCGAAAAAAAACCUCACCGACGUUUGAUUACUGAUUGUAUUUUUAGAAUUGUCAAUCGUUUCUUUAGAUAUUUAGCUUUGAAAUGUCAAUACUGAAGCGACUAUCGAAUGCCCGAAGGUUGAUAUUGUACGGCACCGACGCGAAAAGACAAACUCUUGGAGUGCUUUUAUGUUAAUAUUGACCUAAUCGACCUCCCGAACAAURAUAGUUGAUGAUAUCACAUCACGACUCGAGCUGGCGUUCCUGUUUGUCUGAACACACUGUUCGUGUCGUGGCGAAAGUAGAUCUUACUCUUAAACGGCAAAAAUCAAGAUUAGCAUACUGCUAACAACAACGGAAAAACAAAAUACGUCCAUAGAAGGUGUGAGAUAYUUGGACACAGACUACUAUAUCACCAGUCAAGAUAACACUAAUAUUUCACAGAGCAUUCACAUUCAGAACUGCUUAGUCUUGCGGGAGAAAAACUGUCGUAGCUUGGAAAUUUCUAGAACCUUGCCAUUUUUUUGGAUUGAGUGAAAAAAAAACCUUCAUCAGAGAGRAGAAACUACAGGAAGUCAUUAUUUAUUCUACUGUUUGAAUAGGUAAAUAACACCUAAUAAUCUUAUGCCAAUGUAAAAAAUUUAAGAUAAAUAUCUUUGCUAUUAUUCAUUUAGAGGUUUAACUGCAGAAUGAAAUUUGAGGUAAAAGAUUUAAAAAAUAAUUACUAACUUCACUUUGCUAAGAAAAGAUUUAAGCAGAUAAUCUUAAUAGUUAUUUGAAAAGUCUGGAAGGGCCUUAAAAAACGAAACGAAUAGACUUUCGCGCCAAAUAGAAGUUUGGGGGCUUUUUUUUCAAGUAGUUUCUUUAGCAUGUACGUGUUAUAAAGUAAUUUCAAAGUAAAAGUUAUCGUUUGAGUAUUGGUAAACGUGGCAUAAAAACUACAUCAAUAAAUCAAGUGUUUUUCUUUCUUCAUUUUGAGUAGUUUUCUUUCGUAUAACAUAUAAUUUAAAUGUCGAAUUAAAAUUUAUAGUUUAAAAGUAUUGUAACGAUCAUUCAUAUUGCAGUCAUUUCAGUGUCUGUAAAAUAACUGUUUUACAGGAUAGCCAUUUACAUGAAUAAUAUCUUCUAAGUGUUCUAGAAACGCCAUCUAAAACGAAAUACCAAUAUCACUUUGGAACAAAGAUCUCUUAUCUCUUUCUCUCAUCACAAUGUCAAUGAUAAAUUAUCUUAAAUCUGUCUACCUUGUCGCCGUUCGUCUUUCGAAACUUUUUUAGGCUUAAAAGCAAUCAAGCUCGCUGCACCUUUAUUUUUGUGUGUGUUUGUUUGGUAAAAACGAGAUCCUUAUCUUAAAUUUCAAUUUUGCUUUAGCAACUGAAUUAUUGCUUUUUCGUUUUCAAACACACUUAUAAAAACAACAAACAAACAAGUUGAGAGGCGGAAUGACAGGAUAUAAAACUGAAAUUUCAGGAACUAAAUGAUAUCUUAAUAAAAAACAACUCAAUUUAUCAGAAAUUUAUCUUUUUUAAUUAAAAACAAUAAAGAUGAUUAGUCACGAUCAAAGACAGGAUAAUGGAAGUGAUAUUCUAGGAACUGGAGUUGUAUUAUAACGAGUUUAGCGACUUGGGCUAAAUGCUGAKCUGGUUAAAAGAGUGAACAAAAUGAAGCUAAUAAAGCCUUAUUAAAUUUC